AUGCAGAGGAAGGAAGAUUUCCGUAUCAGGAAUGCGCCUUUACUGGGUACAAUAUACAGCGGAGAUGAUGGCACCCCAAAUAAAGAACAAAAUGCUGCUGAAAACAGCGUAACACCCACAGACACGCUUGCAUUGGAGGAGGAUGCAGAUUCAAUAGAAGAAUACUUGAUGUGGCCACCAACGGGAGAAGUACCGGCGAGUCUCAGUAGCGGGAAUACUACUGAGCAGGCUGAAACACCUGAACAAUACAGAGAGGAGCAGGUUUCAGCAGAUGCUGCAGUGGGAGAAGGAACUGAACGAAAAUUAACACCCCAACUAACAAUUUCCGGAGAUUAUCCGAAAGACCUCGCAAGAAGUGCAUGUCUUUCAAACUUCCAAUCGGUCCUCGUCUUUCGUGGGUCAAGUAAUGACAUGGCAAUUAUCUAUGAUGCCCAUAGGGUAGUAUCAACUGAAGUAGCGAGCCAGCAGGCGCCGAGACAGUAUAAAUGUAUUCCUUCGGUGCACAUAAUAAAUGAGCGAUGA